GUCUGUUUCGAAAGACCGGAGCGCACCACAUGAGGGAGGAGAAAGGCGGAUGAAAAACAAAUUAUAAAAAAAAAAGGAGGAAAGCGGAUGUAUAAAUCCACACCCUGCGACUUUGCAAAAACAACAGCACCCAUUGCAGAACUACGACGCAAUCAUGGAGGAUUCUUCUGCUCCACGCUCUGCUCGCACCACAUUUGGAUGGCUGGUAGGAGCCUCGCAGCUUCUGGGUGUGACGUCAGUAGUGCUAGCUGGCGUGUGGAUGGGUCACUACCACGGAGGCUUUGCGUGGGAUGGCUCCGACCAGGAGUUCAACCUUCACCCUCUGUGCAUGAUUCUGGGCAUGGUCUUCUUACAGGGAGAUGCCAUCCUGGUGUAUCGAGUGUUCCGUAAUGAGGCAAAAAAGAACGUCAAGAUGCUUCAUGGCAUCAUUCACAUGCUCGCCCUGAUCGUCAGCAUUGUCGGUAUGGCGGCUGUGUUUGACAACCACCGAGCAGCCAAGUACCCAGAUAUGUACUCCUUGCACAGUUGGUGCGGCAUGGCUACCAUUGUCUUAUUUAGCUUGCAGUGGGUCAUGGGUUUGUCGUUCUUCCUGUUUCCCGUCGCGUCGUCAUGGUUACGAUCAGCGUACCUCCCCGUUCAUGCGUUCUGUGGUCUGGUUCUGUUGGUUAUGGCUAUAGGGACCAGUUUGCUUGGUAUCACAGAGAAACUUCUCUUCAGCAUCAUGUCAACCUACUCGAGCUUUCCACCUGAAGGGAUCAUGGCCAACAUUCUGGGCAUCCUGCUCGCGUGUUUCGGGCUGCUGGUGUGCUACAUUGUCACCAAGGAAGAAUACAAGCGGCCACCGAACCCUGAGGAGGAGUCUUUGGCGGUCCACUUCAAGACCCUGACCGAAGGAAGCUCACCCACCAUGCCUUAAUUUAUUCCCUAACUGCUCACUACAAUUUGAUUUGUUUGAGUAGUUCUCUUGAUUUUACUCCUUUAAUACUGCAAGAUGGAAUUAAAUACUGACGUGGGCCACUUGGAAAAAAAAUACAAGAGCUGUGAUUAUGCCCACUUUGGAUUGAGACUGUCAAAGAAAAUUUGUUUGCAUUCGUGUGUUGUGCAAGUAUGUUUUUCAAUGUGCAACUUUGUCAACUGUGAAGGUAUUUUAAGUAUUAAGUGUAUUAUAUUAAGUUAAUGGUUUUGGGAGUGUGAGAUAUUUAGUAAAUUAAAUAAU